UUGCCUCUCUUGGGCAGCCAUAUUUGUGACGGGACGUUUUCAUAUCUGUCGUCAUCCGCACAGCGCUCUUGGCAACAGAACAACGUGUUAAGUGUGGCAGACUGUUGGAAAAGUCCAGUGAGAAACAUAUUGACCUUAUCAAACUAGAAAUUCGUAAUUUCAAAUUAUUUCUUGAGCUAUGUCAAGCGCCGAGGAAUGCGAGUUGAAAGGUGGUCAUCCACCAGCAGUUAAGGCUGGAGGGAUGAGAAUAACUCAACAUAAAAAUCCAAAGGAGGAACGUGAGAGCAAGCCCAGUAAGGAAUCUGAAGAUGCUAAACCUUCAACUAGUCCUCCGAAGACAAUGAUGAUCAGUGGAGCUCCAGCAAGAGGAAAUGCAGACUUCCCACCAGAGGCGGUUCAGCAUUUUCAUGAGAAGCCUGCUCCGACACAUGAUGCUCGUCCUGCCCACUGCUCGCGUCCUAUUGUAAUCCAGCAGCCUAGGAAAUAGGCUAUAUACAUACCUUCUACCAGGCUCAGCUAAAGGGAUAUAAUACUGGAUUUAUGCAAAAGUUGUGAUACUUUCACAACAUAUACUUAAAAGAAACCAUAGUAAUUUGUGCAUGUACUCAACAAAAUGUCAAGUUUAUUAAGAAAAUGAUUUUGCAUCAAAUCUAGGUGAUAUCACCUAUACUAGUUUGGUAUAUUGAGGCAUACAUAGGGUCUCUCACAGAGUUUAUCACUGUUGUGAAAAAAAAAAAAUUUAUUUUGUAAUCAAAUACUCUAAGAUUCAUAUAAUAUUGGCAUUUAUUCAGAGUGAAUCGGGACUUGUUGAGAUUUAAAAAUAUCAAUUUAUCAUUCCGUUUUUACUUUAUGUUCUACAUUUUUCGUUAUAUUUUAUAUCCCUUGGGACCAUUCAAUGCAUUUCAGCCUCAAAUAUUUUCUGCGCAGGGUAAAUAUUUCAUUCUACAGUUUUUGUUUUUCACUAUGCAAACCUCAUGGUUUAUUUGGUUGUGGAGUACUUUAAUAAAGAAGUUUUUGUGACAAGUA